CACUUUUGACUCUUUCAGUUUGCCAAAAGCUGCAUCCAGUUUCUUUGUUGUUCAUGUUCUUGUUCUCCUUUAAUUUGCUUUUGGUUUUGGUCGUUAGGUUUGGAAGAUUAAACCCUAAUGAUGGUCGGAAAGAAAACAGCCAAUGCUGUUGGUGGCAAGACAGCAAGGGCUUGCGACAGCUGUGGACGAAAGCGAGCAAGAUGGUAUUGUGCUGCCGAUGACGCUUUCCUUUGCCAAAGCUGUGAUGGCUCGGUGCACUCGGCUAACCAGUUGGCGGGCCGGCAUGAGAGGGUUCUUUUGGAGAAUGGUUCUUCUAAGCUCUUUGGCUCAGGCAUCGGUUCGCAGGAACCAACUUGGCACCAGGGGCUCACUCGUCGGGCACGUACACCACGAUCCCGGAGUAAAUAUUCUCUCAAGUUAGAAGGCAAGAACGAUGUAAGAAACUCUUCUGUUCCCUUAGUUCCUGAAAUGGGCAUGCUAGAUCAGGUAUCAUCGUUUGAUGAUGAUGAUGAAGAAGAAGAAGAAGAAGAACAGCUUUUGUAUCGUGUGCCUGUCUUCGAUCCUUUCGAAACUGAACUGUGUAAUGCUUCGAAUGAAAUGGAGAGAAGCUUGAAUUUCAUAGUGGAAAACAAACAGGAAGAAACCUGCAAUUUGGAUGAUCUUCAAGGGUUUGAUCUCCCAACUGAUGAUUUGGAGCUUUUGGAAUUUGCAGCUGAUGUUGAAAGCCUACUAGGGAAGGGUUUUGAUGAUGCAUCAUGUAGGAUCGACGAUUUGGGGUUGACCAAUGACUGUAAAGAAGAAGAUAACACUAACGAUUUAGGAAUUUGUUUCGAGGAAAAUAGGAUAAAAGUUGAAGAUAAAGAAGUAGAAGCAAUUUUGGAUUGCGACUUCGACGCGACCACGGAAACCCUAGAUUGGGACUUCGGUUAUGAGUCCAUGAUGAUGAUCAAAGAGGAGGAGAAGAAAGACGUAGAAGGCGUCGCGGAGGAGGAUACGAUGAUGGUUCCAAGCGAUGAUCAAUGUAAAGAAGGGACGACGGUGAGAAAAUCGAGCAUAAUUUUGAAGCUUAACUACGAAGAUGUGAUCGAUGCUUGGGCUGAUCAAGGUUCUCCUUGGACAACCGGAAUCCGACCUGAAAUUGGUUCAGAUGGCAGCUGCUGGCCGGAUUUCAUGGGUUUGCAGUGGAGGGGGGACAGUUCUUCGUACAGAAGCUUCGGAGGAAGUGAUGGAGGUAGAGAAGCAAGAGUGUUGAGGUAUAGAGAGAAAAGAAGAACAAGACUGUUUUCAAAGAAGAUAAGAUAUGAAGUGAGGAAACUGAAUGCAGAGAAAAGACCAAGAAUGAAAGGAAGGUUUGUGAAAAGGGAAACCUUUGAAGAACCUCCUGCAGCUUCUAGUUUUCCAUCUUACCUCAUCAAGAACUAGCACCUGCAGCUGAUUGAUGAACAAAUAGCCUUUGUUCAUUAGUUUUGCUGUUAAUUUGUCGACUGCCAACCACCGAAUUUCGCUUGUUUUCUUGACAGAAUUCGGAAGGGUUCAUUAGUCCUUCGGGUUUUUCUACUUUUGUUGUGUAAAUAUGCUCUUUUUUUCUUCUUUCAUGUAAUCUAUGAUGGAUAUGGUAAUAAUGAAGUAGAGUUGCAACU